GUAACCUUGAGACCGACUGAUGUUGACUCAUGUGACUGGUUGUCAAAAUCAUUGAACCUGAUAAGCAAUAUAAUCACAAGCCAGAGACCAAAAAACUAGUUUUACAUAGUACUGUUACAGUAUUCGUUUCAAGGUCGUUCUUAUUUCCUCAACAUAUUAUUUCUCUUUGACAUGAAGUGUCCUGCCUGUCUUAAAGAAGUCUACUUUGCUGAACGAGUCAGCUCACUUGGUCAUGAUUGGCAUCGUCAAUGUUUGAAAUGUGAGAGGUGCAAGAAAACGCUAACUCCAGGUUCCCACUGUGAACAUGAAGGCAAACCUUAUUGCCAGAAUCCCUGUUACAAGGCCUUGUUCGGUCCAAAAGGUUAGUGACUGUUUUUAUCUCAAAGGUUUAUGCUUUCUUAUAUCAAAGUUUAGGGAUUCAAUGAAUGUGAAACUAAAUGGCCUAGAUUGGUGAGGAGACCGCCUAACCUCAAGUCAUUUCAUGCAGUUAUUAGCACACGUUAAACGCACUUUUUGGCACGUUCGAUAUUGUAAUAUCAAUAAAACUUCCUGCCAUUGAUCGGAAAGAGAUUCCUUAUAUUUUCAAAGCUUUAAUACAAAUUGUUUUUACCAGCGGCCUCCGGGUUUCCUGUCCACGGCUUUACCAGCUGAACCGCAAUUUUAUACGUUCUUGCUGCUGAGAUGCCUCUUACUAGGAUGAAAUAAUGGUCUAGUGCUCCUGGGUUUCGAGUAGUUCUCCAACCGGUAUCGCUCCGUGAUGGAUAAUGCCUUGAAGUCACUUAAUCCCCCACAGACGUCCAGUUGGAUCUGAGAAACUAGCCAAUUCCUUUUUAUUUUCUUCACUGCACCUUGAAACUUGGCGAAUGCACCAACAUCUUUCUUUGCUUUAACUUUACUGUACCACUUGGGAGCUUGACAAGAACCGCUAUCUUCAGUAGCCAGUAUAACAAUGUGUAGUAAAGGAAUACUGAUAUGAAUAUCAUGAAUACGGGAAAUAUAUGUUAUCGACUUCAGAUUUCUAGUCAACUAACAGGAAUUAAGUGUCGUGAGUAGUCAGAAUGGUAUUAUACAUCAUGGCAGCAUUUACUUUCAAAUGGCAUGCGUCGCUAUUUCAAGUUUAUUCAUUUAUCACCAAACUGUCAUCACGCAGUUUUUUUCUUGUCAUUUGACUUUCCAAAAAUCUAUGGUUUGCCUUGAAUGGAACGGAAAUGGGUGUUCUGUGGUCGAACUAAAGAGAUUGUUGCUCAACAGUUACACUACACUCUAAUCAAUAAUCAUUAUAAUCAUUCUUAGAGAUUACUGGCAACUGGAAUUAUUUGAAAGCUGUAUGCUAGAAACAGUAUCAUCCUAACGCUAUAGUAUUGAGGUGGGAAAUAUCAAUCAUGCAAUUUUCACCCAAUGUAUUUCAAACACUAUGCCAUUUGCUUCCGUAUCGGUUUAAAUAAACGUGAUUAACAGGAUUUUCAAAGGUUGUUCAACUCAAGCAAACGGACUUUAAACUGUUGUAAUAUUGAUAAAAAUAGAGAUAAUAUGGUAAAUUCAUCUUCGAGAAUUACGUACAAGUUGUUCGUUAUGUCCUACUUUUAGGUUAUGGGGCGGUGGCCAGUAGUCACAUCUACGAAUAAAUAACACAUUCAUGAUAUGGGGAAUCAUAACGCUUUGCUUUUUUAAAGAUUAUGUAUCUACUCUAAAACUGUAUAUGUAUUUUUAUGAACGCUACACCAUGAUAUCUUUUUUAAUUUUGUUUGUUUGGUGUUUUGUGAUAAUAUUGAAUCUUACAAUUUG